AUGCCGUCAACAGAUCAGCACCAACAGUUCAAGCGCAUUGGUAUCGUGGGAGCUGGGAACAUGGGCUCCAUGAUGGCCUUUGCGUUCUCGGAACUCGGUCUCGGCGUGUCCAUUUGGGACGUCAAGAAAGAGAAUGUGGACCAGCUCUUGGAAUCGGCCAAGGAUGUCAAAGGUCAAGGAAAGAUCGAAGGGUUUGAAGACAUUGGCGACUUCACCCAGAGCUUGGAGGGCCAGGGAGAGCGGAAGCUGUUUAUCUUCUCCAUCACUCAUGGUGACCCCGCAGACUCGGUUCUUGGUAAGAUCAAACACACACUGAAGAAAGGCGACAUUAUCCUCGACGGUGGAAAUGAGCACUACCGGCGCACGGAGAGGAGGCAGAAGGAGUGCGAGGAAAUCGGAGUUAGUUGGAUUGGAACGGGUGUUUCCGGCGGAUAUCAAUCCGCUCGUCGGGGACCGAGCUUGUCUCCUGGUGGUGAUGAGAAGGCGCUGGACCUGGUAUUACCGCUCUUGGAGCGCUAUGCAGCCAAGGACCGCAAGACUGGCCUUCCGUGCGUAGCCAGAGUUGGCCCGGCGGGCUCGGGGCAUUUCGUCAAGAUGGUACACAAUGGGAUCGAGGGUGGCAUGCUUUCAGCGGUUGCCGAGGCUUGGUCGAUUCUUCAUUACGGGCUAGGGCUCAAGUAUGAUGAGAUCGGAGACAUCUUUGAUGAAUGGAAUCAGAAGGGCGAGCUUAGAAACAAUUUCCUCCUCGACAUUGGAGCUGAAAUAUGCCACCGAAGGAAAUCUCCCAAAGGCGACGGCAAAGGAGAAGGAAUCGGGGACAAGACUGAGUACGUACUUGAUGAUGUGCUCGACAAAGUGGUACAAGAUGACGACGACACUGAAGGAACCCCCUACUGGUGUAUUAUGGAGACGGCCAACCGUCAUGUUUCUGCGCCGACUAUUGCAGCCGGUCAUUACAUGCGUAUCGCCAGUGGUAACCGUGCGGAACGGCUGCGAGUGGCGGAAAAGCUGCAGAUGCCACAGCCCAAGUCCAUUGAGGGCAUCAAAGACCGACGACUUUUCAUUGAAGAUCUCCGGCGAGCAGUCUACUGUUGCUUCCUGUCGUCCUUCUGUCAAGGUCUCGAACUAAUUGCCCGCGCAUCCGAUGACGAAAAAUGGGAUAUCGACCUGGGCAAAUGUCUCCAGAUCUGGCGUGGCGGUUGUAUCAUCCAGUCAGAAGCUAUUGCCGAUCUCCUACAACCGUUGCUCAAAAAGAACGUGCACUAUACAAAUCUGAAAGACAUCGACGAAGUCGCUCAAGAAUUGAAGCAAAACUUUGACUCUCUCAAACGGAUUGUGAUUGACUCGACAGUGUUCGAUCAAUACAUCCCGGUGAUUUCUGCGACCUUGGAAUACCUGAAAUAUGCAGGUGGGACGAUGUUACCAACGAAGUUUAUGGAAGCCCAGAUGGACUUGUUCGGUGCCCAUGCAUAUUACAAGCCAGGCGUUCCCGGUGAGGAUCCAGGACCGGUCAAGAAAGGGCCUCAUCAUUAUGAGUCGGAUACUGACCCCAUCGCUCGUGUAGACCCUGUCCGUAUCGCGGUCAUCGGUGGAACUGGUCUCCGUGAACUCCCUGGUUUCACUCAGGUUGCUUCCUUGAACAUCUCGACUCCCUGGGGCACUCCCUCCUCCCCGAUCACCAUCCUGCACCACCAGUGCUCUCACAACAAGCAGACCGUCGCUGUCGCUUUCCUUAGUCGUCACGGCCAGCACCAUCAGAUUGCGCCCCAUGAGGUGCCUGCCCGCGCCAACAUCGCUGCCCUGCGCUCCAUCGGUGUCCGCACCAUCAUUGCCUUCUCGGCCGUCGGUAGCUUGCAAGAGGAGAUCAAGCCCCGCGACUUUGUGAUCCCAGACCAGGUCAUUGACCGUACCAAGGGCAUCCGGCCGUUCACAUUCUUCGAGGGAGGUGUGGUUGCUCACGUUCCGUUCGGAGACCCAUUCGAUGAGGGUGUUGCCAAGGUUGUGAGGGCUUGCGGCCACAGCCUCGAGGGCGAAGGUGUUGUGCUGCAUGACCGCGGCACAUUGGUAUGCAUGGAGGGACCUCAGUUCUCCACUCGCGCCGAGAGCAAUCUCUACCGCUCUUGGGGAGGCAGCGUCAUCAACAUGUCUUGUCUUCCAGAGGCGAAGCUGGCUCGUGAGGCCGAGAUUGCCUACCAGAUGAUCUGCAUGUCCACCGACUAUGAUUGCUGGCACGAUGCUACCGAGGAUGUCACUGUGGAAAUGGUCAUGGGAAAUAUGAAGGCCAACGCUGAGAACGCUAAGCACUUCGUCACUGCUGUGCUCGAUGAGCUCGCCUCUGACAAGAACUCCGAACUCGUCCAAGCCAAGCACGUGGAAGGUUCUGUCAAGUUUGGUCUCAGCACUGCCCAGCCCAACUGGAGCCCUGAAGCCAGAGAGAGGAUGAACUGGCUCUUCCCUGGAUACUUUAACUAA